UAUGACUUACUUAAGGGUGCUUCAAGCAGUGAAACUCUUUAAGUUGUUCACUGAUACACAUCGAAUGGACUUUAUAUUACAGUGGCUUUUUUUUAAAUGAUCAUAAAGAGAACAAGGAACCAUGACAAUUUGAGAUAAAAACACCAUUAAUAUAAAGUAAUUUUGAUUCAUUACUGCACCUCAGUAGACGGAACAUGGGAGCUUCUGACUCUCUGCCUGAGAAAAGGAUUGUGCUUCUUGGGAAAACCGGAGAUGGUAAGAGCAGCGCCGGGAAUAUGAUUCUCAAACAACAAGUCUUCAAGAGCAAAGCUUCUCCUGAAUCAGUGACGACUGAAUGUGUCAGUGGAGACCGCAAGGUCCACGGCAAAAAGAUCACCGUUAUUGACACGCCUGGACUCUUCGACACCGGUCUGGAUGAGGAGGCCAUCAAAUCUGAGAUCAUUCGCUCUGUGAUCGAAAGCUCUCCGGGUCCAGACAUGUUCACCAUCGUCCUGAAGGUGGGGAGAUACACGGGACAAGAGAUGGAGGUCGUGGAUAAAAUCAUGGAGUAUUGUGGAGAAGACACCUUCAAUCACUCAGUGGUUUUAUUCACUCACGGAGAACAGCUGGAAGGACAAACCAUCGAGGAGUUUGUCAAGAUAAGUCCGAAGCUACAGGAGCUGGUUGAUAAAUGUGGAGGCCGCUGUCACGUCAUCGACAGCAAAUACUGGAGAACCCGUCAAAUGGGAUACAGGAGCAACAGAGUCCAGGUGAAGAACCUGCUGGAGACCAUCGAGCAGAAGCUGAAGGACAAGAACACCUGCUACACCAACGAGCUGCUUCAGAUAGUGGAGGAGGAGAUUCAAGAUGAGAUGAAGAACAUAAAAGAGGUCAAUAUGUCACCAGAAGAGAGGCGCGAAGAGGCCAAAAAGAUAGUGCACAAAAAACUUCUGGUUAAGCUGGCAGGAGUGACCACGGGAAUACUUACCGGUGCGUUUCUGGGCAUCGGGGUCGCUGUGGCCUCCGUCGUGUCUUUACUGAAAGCCGCCAAUGUUGCCGGAGUAGUAGAAGCCGGAACCGUAGCCGGGGCUGCGGGAGUCACAGGGAUAGUGGCGGGAGCAGUGGCGGUGAAGGCGGGGAUCAUCGCCGCGGGGGCCGGGGCUGGGGUCGGAGUGGCUGGUUCUGGUAUCGCUGCAGCUGCGGGGGUCGCUGUCGCCGCUCUCGCCGGAGCGAUUGGGGGAGGAAUCACCGGAUUCAAAGCCGCAGAAGAAACGGAC